AUGACAAAGCCAAUCAUCGUCGUGUUCGCCGCAACUGGCAAAUCUGGAUCUGGAAUGAUUGACGCAAUUCUCGACGACAAAGACCAGCAGUUUGCGGCUCGGGCUGUUACGCGAAACCCCAACAGCGAGUCUGCUCAAGCCCUCGCGGCUCGAGGAGUCGACGUCGUCCAGGCGGAUCUCAAUGAUCCAGUGACGCUUGCCAAAGUCAUGGAUGGAGCCUACGGCGUCUUUGGAGUCACAGAUUUUUGGCAAGCUUUCAUGGCGGAAGAGAAACAAGGUAAAGAUAUGGUCGACGCGGCGCAGGGGUCAAGGGUCAAGCACUUUGUGUGGACGACGCUCGACCAUUCAAAGUGGGAGGUUCCCCAUUUCGAGACCAAGGCACGAGUGGAUGAUUAUCUAAAAGGGACGGGACUUCCUCGUACAUCGUUGUAUUUGUCUUUCUUCAUCGAAAACUUCCGAAGCGGGAUUCGCAAGACUCAUAGUGGCAAAGUCACAUUUGAGUCUGCAUUCCCCACUGAUGGAAAGCUGCCCGUCAUCUCCGCUUUUGACAUUGGAUAUUGGGCACUUGCCGCGUUCAAGGACCCCGAUAGAUGGAUUAACCAGGACAUGAAAGUUUGUACAGAAAUUGUCACUCCUCGCCAAGUUGCCAAAUAUGUCGAAGAAGCUUCGGGACAUAAGGUGCACAUUCACGAAAUUGGACAGGAGCAAUGGAAAGAGAAGAAUACGCCUCAGUUCUCAGAGCUCUGGAGGAAUAUUGACAUGUUCAACCAUCUCGCAGAUACUCCUGGGUUCAGAGACAUUGAGCUCUCGAACAAGCUGGUACCACACGCAAGAAAGACAAAGGAACUGAUCACUACUUGGGUUCAUCAACUGGAGUCAUCUUGA